AUGGCCGGUGGAUUGAAGUCGAGGUGGCCCAAGCCUAUCAUGGCGACAGUGUGGAUGAAUCAGCAGGCUGGUUGGAUUCUUCUAGAUUCCACCCACACCCAUUCAGGUCAGCUCGCGCCACAAUUACAUAUCUUCCACAUUCCAACCAAAUCGGAUCCGGGACAGUUUGGCCGACCGCCGACCUACAAGCCCCAAGCCUCUAAGAGUCCAAAUGGGAAGCUUCUCAGACCUUCUCAAUUUACCUACGCAGGCGAGACAAUGAGCAUUGGCACAUUGCCGGUUCAACAAUCUUCUGCGCACGCCCUUGACCAAUACUCUACAUACGCGCAAUCAGAAAACCAAGAUAAAACCAAUACCACUCAACCAAUCAUGCCAAAUAAAGCUGAAUCAUGA